CCAGGUGACAUAAAAACCUUGCAAGUCUACUUGCCUAAAAUGUCCGAAUUCGUUGACAACAAAGUCUUUCAGGAGGCAGUGAAGGAUGUCAGUCAGCAGAAUUACACCAAGAUACAAACCCUGAAAGAGAAACAGCUGGUAAUAAAAUCAAUGCAGGAAACUCUGGCAGAUGUUAAGAAGAAAUGUCAGCAUGCAAAGCAGGAGGUAAAGUCUAAAUCAAGAGAAAUCCAGCUGCUGGAAGGUCAGAUGGACCAUUUGGAGAGGCAACGGAAGGUCCUACAUGAUCGCUGUGCUUCCAUUAACAAGGGAAACAUAGAGCUGCAGAUGUAUAUACAAGAGGAGGUGGAGGAUGCCCAAUUAACACUUGGAAAAUUCAGCAUGUACAGGGAAAAGAUGAAAGGUCACAGAAACGCCGUCUUGCAGGCUGCGUGCCAGACGGAGACCCACAGAGAACUGGAGGAGAAAAAAAUGCUGGUCUGGAAACUGAAGCAGGAGAAAGAGCAGUUAAGGGAGGAUUUGGAAAACCCAAACGGGAAUGUGCUGCAGACUGCUAAGGGGGAAACUGAUUCCCUGAAGAGGGAGAUCUCUGAAAGAAGUUUGGCUGUUGCUGCAAUGACUCACCAACUGAAGAAAGAGCUUGACACUAAUGUCAAGUUAAAGAAAGACAUAGAGAUCCAAAACAGGCGCCAUGAAGCCAUUGUGAAGCGUCUCCGCUGUCAACUCAGUAGAACUCAGGCUGUUCACAGGCAAACACUGGAUGAAAUCCUCCAACUGCAGCAGCAGCUAACUGAGCUUAAGGGCCAGCAGCAUUCAUCUGAGGAUUGGUGAUGGCUUAAAUGUUGAAUUAUGCUUGUCCAGUC